UUCUUUUUCCCCUUCCUUUUGGUAGAGGCAGCAUGGCGGCUGCAGGGCUUUGGAGGGCAGGAGCAGCUGUCCCCAAGCUCAGCAGCUACAGGGUUUGGGCAAGGAUGUCUUCCGCCCUUCCUCGGCAUCAUGAAGCCCUUCUUGCUCCAGCCGCAAGUCUGCAGGGAGCAUCCCCCAUUGAUAUGAAUGAAAAGUUGCUGACUGAGCCAUUGAAACAUGCCGAUUUCUUCAAUGUGCAAGAGCUCUUCUCUCUCGGGGACCUUUUCAAUGCCCGCGUCCACCUGGGCCACAAGAAGGGUUGCCGUCACAAAUUCAUGGAUCCAUAUAUCUUUGGCUGCCGCCUGGACCAAGACAUUAUUGACCUCGACCAGACCAUGGCGCACCUCCAAGCAGCCCUCAAUUUCACCGCCCAUGUGGCAUAUCGGAAAGGCAUCGUCCUUUUUGUCAGCCGCAACCGGCAGUUUUCCCAUCGGGUGGAGAUGAUGGCCAAGGAGUGCGGCGAGUAUGCCCACACGCGCUACUGGCAAGGGGGCUUGUUGACGAAUGCCCACAUCCAAUAUGGAGUCGGGAUCCGUCUCCCGGACCUCAUCGUCUUCCUUAGCACCCUCAACAACGUCUUCGAGCCACACCUAGCUGUCCGAGACGCCGCCAAGAUGAACAUCCCGACGGUGGGCAUUGUGGAUACCAACUGCAACCCUGCCCUGAUCUCGUAUCCGAUCCCGGGGAAUGACGACAGCCCCUCGGCCGUUGAUUUAUACCUACGGCUCUUCAAGAUGACCAUCAUGAGAGCCAAGGACAAGAGGAAACAAAUGGAGGUCUUAUAUGGACUGCAGAGCAAUCCGGCAAAUGGUUAAAAGGGACAUUGUGAAGUGUUUCCCUUGAAAUGACAAUCAUCAUCAGCUUGUCUCAGCUGGAGCUUGAAAAAAUAUUACUUCUUGUGGCCUCUAACUCCCCAAAUGGUCAAGCCGGGUGGGGGAUUCUGGGAGCUGCAGUCAAGUUAGUAGAGCAUGGUUUUUUUCCCCAAGACCAUGUAGCAUUGUGAGGAAGAAUGGAGAGGUUAAGAAAGCUAGUUGUGUCUUCUCUCGAAUGCUGCAAGCGCAGGAAAUCUAAACUUUUGUAACUCCACUUUUCAACCUCCUUACACACCUUCCAGUUUCACUACUUCUUUAUUUUGAUAUUUCACUCCUGCCCCAUUUCAUGCUUGGUGAAGUAUGCUUUGGGCAAUAAGGUGGCCAACUUCUCAGCUGACCUCUGUCGUUGUGCUUUUAAAUUCCAUGUUUUGGAGGCAGAAAGUUGAAGAUGGUGCUUUGGAGUGAUUUGGAGAUAAAUAUUAUUUUUAAAGCAUGGGUGAGAAUCCUGGUCUAAUCUGAGCUGCUGAAUUAAUGCAAUUUGACACUGCUUUAAAUGCCAUAGCUCAAUGCUAUGGAAUUCUAGGGUUUUUAGUUUUGUGAGCUAUUUAGCCUUCUCUCGCAGAGAGCUCUGCUGCUCCAGCAAACUACAAAUCCCAGUAAUGCAUAGCAUGGAGCCAUAUUCCAUAUUCCCAGUAUUCUAUAACAUGGAGUUAAAGUGGUGUCAAAUCUGCAUUAUUUCUGCAAUGCAGAUUAGAUAUAUGUGGCCUGAGGGGCUACCUAUGGUCCCCAGGGCAGUUUUUGUGGCCUACAGGCUACUCUCAGUCUGCAUCCACAUUACGGUAAUAAUCCGGUUUGACAUCACUUUAAUUGUCAUGGCUCAACGCUGCGGAAUUCUCAGAAUUGUAGUUUGUUGUGGCACCGGAGGUUUGCUUCCCAGAAUUGCAUAGCAUUGUGCCGUGGCAGGUAAAGUGGUGUCAGACCAGGUUAUUUCUGCAGUGUGGAUGCUGCCUCAGAUUGCCAAUGGCUUUAGAAACAAUAUGUUUUUGCUUCCCUAAUAUCUAAUAAAAAGCAAUUAAUCUCCACUGUAUUCAGCCUGGUCUGUCUCAGAGCUCUGCUGCCUCACCAAACUACAAAUCCCAGGAUUUUGCAGGACAGAUUCAUGGCAGUUAAAGUAGUGUCAAACUGCUUUAAUUCUGCAGUGUGGAUACAACCUUCAUUGAUGUUUUCUGCCUUCGUGUCAUUUCUGAUUUGGGGCUACCCUAUAGUGAGCCUUUCAUAGGCUUUUCUCGGAAAGACUGGUUCAGAAGAGGUUUGCCUGCAAACUACGUCUUCCAAAAAUACAUCCAUUAGAGAUCGACGCUUCUUUAAAGAUAUGCUAAGGGUAUGGCAAAGUAUGUUCUGGGCAGUAAACUGGUGUCAGACUGCAUUAUAUCUACCAUGUAGAUGCACCCUUAGCAAAGGGUUAAAGCAGUGGUCCCCAAACUUUGGUCCUCCAGAUGUUUUGGACUGUAGUUCCCAGAAUUCCUGACUGCUGGCCAAGCUGGGGAUUCUGGGAGCUGAAGUCCAAAACACCGGGAGGACCAAAGUUUGUUAAAGUCUUCUCAUAGACAUUCAAAAAGCUUUAAUUCGCUCAUAGGAAACAUAAAAAUCAGUUGAAAGUGGUGUCAAACUGCAUUAUUUCUCCAGUGUAGAUGCAUCAUGGGUGUGAUCUAUGGCUUUUUUUAAUACGUUUUUCGAAUCCAGCACCUUAAAAAUAUAAUUAAAAGUGUUGAAGAAAAAGAAGUUGUUGUUUUUAUUCCAUGUUUUAUUUCCAUAUAAUCGAGGGAAGGGUUAUUAAUUAUGGGCCUGAAAUGUUGAAUUUCUCACACUGGCUGCAUCCACACCAGAGAAAUAAUCCAGUUUGACACUGCUUUUAACUGACACUGCUCAGCGCUAUGGAAUUCUGGGGAAGUGUAGUUUAUUGUAACAUUAGAGCCCUUUCAUAGAGAAGGCUAAAUGUCUCCCACAAUUCCCAGAAUUUUAUAGCAUUGAGCAAGGGACAGUUAAAUGUGUCAAAGUGGGUUAUUUCCGCAGUGCAGAUGCUGCCAUUACAUCUCUAUAGACUACUCUUCUGUUUACAAAAGAAAGAAUUACAAAAUGGCUGCCCAGCCAACCAAUCAACCACGCGAGUCUCGGAAGUCCCCUGUAGAAAGCUUAGCAGUAUCACUCUUUCCUUUCUACUCUAUGUUUUCCGAACGAAGAGGAAGUGUGUGUAAGUGGGUUUUUUUUUAAGCGCUUACUGAACUCUCUUGACCUUCGGGGCUUCCCGUCGUAGCGCAGAAGGCCUCCUUUCAGCGGCAAGCCCCACCCACCGAGUCUAUAUAAGCUCGUGCCUGGGGCUGGCUCAGCCUUUUGGCGAGUGGAGGCGCAGGGAGAAGGAGAAAUGUGCAAUUACACGCCUCGCCCUUCCAGACCAAGAAGGUUCCCCCCUUGAACUGUGAAAAAGGAGACUGUACUAAAGUACAGGAAACAUGUAGCAGCCUGAACAAAUGUGGAAGCCCAGAGGAAGGAUCACAACAAUCUGUCGCAACAACUUGUGCACAAGAGGAGCUUGCUGAUGGAUUUUUAGCAGAUAUUUUAAUGCGUGUUGUUGAAGGCAUGACACGGGCAAGAUGAUCUGCAAUGAGCAAACAGGCGCAGCCACUGAAUUAUGAACGGUCUUCUGCAAUGAAACUGUGCUUGUGUUGCAUUUCUGAUGGUGUUUUAUGUCAUACCUUUGGACACUUUUAAGAUUAAUCUGAUGUUUAGAAAAAAAAGCUGCUUUUUGUUUUUGAACCUCCCAGAACACUGGUGACCAUGGCCAUUCAUAAAUUUUGGAAGAUACCCCCAUCCCCAAAAAACUGCAGUUUCCCAGCUCCAGAUGUGGAGUAACCUAACAACUGGUGUGCCUCAGUCAAUAAAGCCCCUUAUGAUGAUGAUGAUUUCCUUUUUAUAAAGUCUUCUCAUACCUGCCCAGUACUUGCUUCUCUCUGCAUUUUUUUCCUCUGUCAACUUGAAUUUUUGGAGGGCAGCAAUGCAUUAGGAGAGUGGUUGAAGUAGUCCUGGGGAAAACAUACCUUUAGUGUCAGGCUGCAGCAGUAUGCCUGCAGUAAACCAGGCAAAAAAUAGUGCCUAAACUGGAGGAAAAGCAGGAUUUUACUCUGUCUGAUCCUACCAUAGCCAGGUAAAUAGCACCUGCCACCACAAUUCUUUAUUGAGCAUGCUUGAACAGUAAAACAGGUGGGGAGAACAGGUAAGCUUUCCUCACCAGCUGCCUCCAGGAUGUUAAAGCAGCAUAGAUCUGUAAGGUUGGCCAACAGAAUGGGAAUCAUAAAAGCAGGGGCUAAUGAAAGCAAAAGUCACCCCAGAUGCAUUUUGGAAGAAACUAUCAAGCAGUCUCCAGAGUACCAUAAAUACAUUUUCAUUUACUUAUGCAAGGUUUUCCUGACUGGUGAUUUCAUUUCACAUGUGCGUAUUGUUAGUUUUGAAUAAAAACUCCUGAAACACA